CUCGAUCCCUCGCUCGUUCUCGAGGCCAAUUUCAUGAAAGGUGUGCCACCGCUUACUUGUCAAGUGCGAUAAUACAGUUUUUCAAUUGACAAUUGAAACAGCGGAAUGCAUUCGGUCUGUUCUUGUCUAAUUAGCAUGGAAAAAUAUAUGUAUAGCACGUGAAUUUCCCCAAAGAGUUUUCUGAAUAGAGGAAAAGAGGCAGUACAGUCAAUGUCGACGCAAGGAUGGUUUUCUGUAGAAGACGGACAUCAACAGAAAAAUUGGCAGCUAUCAGUGGUGCAGUUCUCAUGUUGUUUGCACUCGUACAAUACCAAGAAUUAUCUUUCCUGAAUAACUGCAACCAAAUCCAGGAGCACAACAUCAGACAGACGCUGCCCGUACCUUUGUUUAAUCUAUCGGAACUGUUCGUAGAGCUCAAGCCUGACAACAAAAAUAAUGCCUCAUCUUACAACAAUCCUUUACCUAAAGAUUUAAUGCAGACAGCUGUUCUUGCAGAACCGUAUAUAAAGAAGAGAAUGAAUCAGCAUAAUAAAGCAUGUCAGGGCAAAGAGUUCAUUAUUGGUCGAGAACCAGAUCGCAACAUACAAAGCCAUUUCCGAGUUAGCAAGUCUCAGAAACUCAUAUACUGCAGCAUAGAAAAAGCGGGAACCACCUUCUGGAGAAGAGUUCUUCAAGUCUUAGAUUCCACUAAUUUAGACAAUCCCUAUCAGAUAAAACCAUUGAAUGUGAAUAUCAAUUCUCAAUCUCUAUUUAGGGAAGACAUAUUUAGAAUGAUGGCAAACGUACGCACCCAUAUAGUAUUCAUGUUUGUUAGAAAUCCAUUUAAAAGACUUUUGUCAGGAUAUUUGGAUAAAAUAUACACAGCCAAUCCAUUUUACUGGAACUUGAUUGGAAAAGAAAUCCGUGCCCACACUAGAAAUAACACCCAGCCAACUCCUGUGCUAUUGGACAAGAUCAGGAAUCUAAAAACUGAGAAACCCCCUACCACGUGCUAUCAUAAUAUCAGUUUUGAAGAAUUUAUACAGUAUGUGAUUGAAGCAGAGAAUACGACAAAUCGGAGACGAGAUCCUCAUUUCAUGGCAAUGUACGACUUGUGCAAACCUUGUCAGUUACAGUACCAAUUUAUUGGGAAAAUGGAAACUUUCAAAAAGGAUUUUACAUUCAUUAUGAGGACGUUAAAUAUUUCAAAGUUUGAUGUCGAUGACUUAGCAGAAAAAGCUGUUGACGAUACUUUUGUUGACGUCGCGACAUCUUUAGAUGAAAGGAGGGAUGAAAUCAUCAAAUGUAUCUCAAUGCACGAAGCCUAUCUCCGCUCGUGGAAGCACAUGCAAAUCAAAGGACUGAUUAGCAUCGAUCAGAAAUAUCCUUAUAGUCCGAAACAAUCUCAGUACCUCAAACCUGUACAAUUAGUUCAAGCUAUGAAAGUGGCCAAAAUCAGCUCUACUUCAAAGGAAGGUUUACAUAAACAAAAAGAGAGGUUCCUUGUGGAUAUCUACAGGACAGUAGCUACAGAAAAGGUAGUCAAAAUGGUGCGAGUUUUGAAAAACGACUUCGAGAUCUUUGAUUAUGAUGCGUACCCUCCAUUCAUUUUUGCCCAUCAUCUGAGAGAGCGACUAAAACAUUUCGAUGUAUUUAAUGUAAUGUAAGGUGAAAAUUGUUAGGGAUAUCACAUAUUCCGCGUAUGACAGUGUACAUGUAUAAAGUAAAAUGCAACGACUGAAAGACAUUUAAAAUCGUAGAGAAUGUGU